CGUAAUUUCACUUCUGAGCUACGAGUAGAGCAUCUCUAUCCGUGCUACACUUGUUAUUAUUAUAUACUUUUGAAGCCGCGAUUGCCACUGCUGCUGCUGCUGCUGCUGCUGCUGCUGUUUUCUUGCUUCACGCACGCAGCGCAGUGCGAUAUCGAGAAAUUUUACUCAAGCUUGGAGAGAACUCGAGGCAGUCCAAAUCUUUCUCUUAGCGCGUUGUGUACGAGCGGAGAGCGUCUCUCACUCCGUCUGCUCCAGAAUCUAAAUAGGUAUAUUCAUAUAUACCUAUAUACAGUGCCCGUACAGCACACUCACAACUGUACGAUCGACCAACGUGGGCUAAGCUGCUGGUUGAGCUUGACACUCGUUCACUUACUUGCUGAACAUUAAACUCAGCAGUAGUCGUGCUACACACACGUACGCACGCAACACAAGCUCGAAUUCCAAUUUCCAGCGCUUCUCAAACUAAGGAACACGAUCAUUCAUCGUUUUUCAAAUUCUUGGAAAUAGACAUCAAAAUGAAUACCAAAAUGACAGAUUGCUACUUUUAUUUUUACUCCAAAUGCACAAGGGGAGAAUCCUGUGCCUUCAGACACGAGCCAAGUGCAUUAGGAAAAGAAGUUGUAUGCCAUUCUUGGCAACAGGGUAACUGCCAUGAUAUGCGGUGUAGUUUGAGACAUAUGGAGAUCAAGAAAAAUCGAAAGUCCAUCCCUUGCUAUUGGGAGAAAUUUGCAACAGGAUGCCAAAAACCUCAUUGCCCAUUUUUGCAUAGAGGAAAGAGGCCUGCUGUCAACAUGGUUCAAGAACCAACAGCUCCAUGCAGUCAAAAUCCAGAGUGGGCUACACAAGAAGUCACUUAUGACAGACCUAAGCCUGAAGUUAAUAAACCAGAAGUAAAUUGUAUAAACAAUAGCUUUGUUGACCCAAAUUUGAUAGUCAACUUCCAAGAAGGCGAUGAUAACUCGAAGUUAACUCAUGAAUAAACCACUUUGUUCAUAGGCAGAACAAAAUAAUUCCUUAAUCAGUUUAGAAGAAAAAAGCUAAUUAAAAAUUCACGAAUUUCACUGCACGCUUGUACCCUUCAAAUUUUUCUUUAGGUAGAAUUAAUAGUUAUUAUUUGAUUAGUUGUUUACAUAUUGCAUCCUUCCAUUCAUUUCUUUCUUUGUAUGUAAUAGCAAUAUGUAUUGUUAAAUUAAUAUUAAUAUCCAAGAUCUGUAAUUCUAAUGCACAUCUAGCUUUUAUUUGCACGUAUUGUAACAUAAUGGCUGUAUUAUAUAUACAUUGUAUAAAUUUAUUAUUUAUGCAUAAUAUUUCAUACUGCUUCUCUCGUGAGUACUGGCAGCUUCUAAAGUCUCAAAAUUAUGGAAUUAUUAUAAACGAUCAUGUGUUCAUGAUAUUUUAAAAAAAUUAUGUCACUAUUCAGUGGAAAACAAGCUAUUACUUGUUGAAUGAUUUUUAUAUUUGUUUCUGCAAAAUAUUUUAUAAAUAUUGUAUCAAUCAUCUAUACAGCCUAUGUCAGUCUUUGAAAAUGCACGAAAUCGUGCAAAAUUUCAAGUAUCAGUAGGUAAUUGCAUCGCCAAGUCGUUUUCCUAUUUAAAAAAGGAAAAAAACAACAAUAUUACUACAUAUAUGAAUGGAUAAUGUAAAGUUGAACUGAUGCCUUUCUUGUGUUUUGGAUUAACAUACAAAACAAAUUAAAUUGUAAAAUCGAAGCGACUGUUGAGAUAAAUAGAAAAUAAUUGGAUUUAGUUAGACAUUAUCACUAUUGUGAAUAGGCCUAGAUUUGAAAAAAUUAAUAAUUGCAUCACAAUUCUCUUAAUUUGAUAAAAUUCUAAAUCAAUCAAUUGAAUAU